AUGGCCGGUCUCAGCCCCCAAAUAACCAACCUGGUUAUCAUCCUCCUGAUGAUGCAGGUCUCUAAGCGCAUCCCUAUGGAUGAUCCCGAUACUCUGAUGCUCAUCCGGGCAGGAUAUGUUCUGUCCAACGUCAUCAUCAUCUCGGUCUAUGCCCUCACUCACUAUAAGAUUAACAAGAAGAAGGGUAUGUGUUCUACCAGCGCCGCUGACCUGGAAUGGCUUGCUAAUCCGAACCUGCCUUUUGCAGAUUUGACAACCCUCAAAUAUGUUGAUCAGCCUCAAAUGGGAUCCACCGAGGAGCCUAAGCUCAUCACCACCACGGUCCACCAAUACGAUGUCGACCAGAUGAAGGCUCUUUACAAGGCGCAACUCAUGGGCGUUGGAAUGAUGGCCGUUAUGCACGUGUAUUUCAAAUACACCAACCCUCUCUUGAUCCAAUCCAUCAUCCCGCUCAAGGGCGCAUUCGAAGGCAAUGAGGUCAAGAUUCAUCUCUUCGGGAAGGCCGCCGUCGGGGAAUUAAAGCGACCUUUCAAGGCCGCCGCUGGAAUCAUGAGUGCUCUCCAGGGAACUGCGGCCCCUAGCCAGGACAAGAAGAGCAUCGCGACUGCGGAGAAGGCUGGACGUGGUGGUGUUAAGGACGAAUAG